UUUCGGCCUGAGCCGGGCAACAAUACAGAUCCCGCGCAACUGAACCGUUUGUCGCUUGCCAGUUCAGCACGCAGGACUAUUCACGGUCUGAAUCGCUGGUGCAGACGAGCUGCAUUUGUGCGCCUUUGUGCAGAGAUUGCUAAUGUCAGCUGGCCAUGCUGCUGAUGCGGCGGCAGAAGUAGCCCCUGGCGCACGAUUUGGGCCUGAGGAUGACCAGUACGAGAUUGGAAAACAACUUGGUCACGGCGCUGCAUCCCAAGUCUUUGCAUGCAGGCGCCUGCGUGAUGGGGAGAAGUUUGCUGUGAAGACAGUCGACCUGAGACGCUUGUGCUUGCUCGGCGAUAUGCAGGAGCAGCUGAGCCGCCUUGACUGCGAGGUUCGGAUCCUCAAGGAAUUGCGCCAUGAGAGAAUAGUCAAUCUCGAAGGCUUUCACAAGACGGACAACUGGUAUUUCCUGGUCAUGGAGCUGGUUCGGGGUGGUGAGCUUUUUGACGUCAUUGUUCGCAACAAGUCUUUGAGCGAGAUGGAAGCACGACAUGUUUUCUUGCAGCUUCUAGAGGGCGUUGGCUUCAUGCACUCAAGAGGUGUCAUUCAUCGGGACUUAAAGCCGGAGAACCUUCUGGUGGCUAGCUCCAGGCCCAAAGAUGGGGGCCAACUCUACGACGUGAAAAUCGCGGACUUUGGUUUGUCAAAGACCAUUGGUGGUGGCGCAUCACUGGCACGCACCCGCGUGGGCACGCCGCAGUAUUGGGCACCCGAGGUGCUGGAUGUGCAAAAGAGAGGUGGUUCCUAUGAUCAUGCUGCCGACUUUUGGGGCCUCGGGGCGGUCCUUUUCGUCAUGCUUUGUGGACGCUACCCCUUCGAUGGACAGAAGCAAGCACUGGACGAGCAAAUUCGAACCGCAUCAUAUUGCAUGUCAGGCUCUCGCUGGAGGGGCAUUUCUGAAGCUGCAAAGAGCCUGGUUCGUGGACUUUUGCGGGUCAACCCAGUGGACAGGCUCUCCCUAGAGGAGUGCUUGAAGCAUCCGUGGGUCUUGGGCCAGCCCUUGCCACCUAAGACACGGCUUGAGCCUCCUGUGAAGUGGGAGCUAGCUGGAGAAGGAAGGCAUGGGAUGGCGGCCAUUUCGGAGAAUUGUGCUGAGGUUCCCAAGCAGGAUGCUCGGGAGCAGGACACGAGCUUUCCAGAAGAGGCCGACCGCACAGAGCGGGCUGGUUCCACAAGCUGCUGCAGCGUUUCAGAUUCCGAUGUUGGAAAGAGCUGCAGUAGAGUUGUGAGUUCCCCAAGUAGUCCAGAAGACGCCACGGGCACAGCCGCGUGCAGCGUCAAGGGCAGUGGCUUCAACUUGGCUCCACUCUUGGCAUUCUUCUUGGGUCGUAAAGACUUCCGCUGUGGCCGCUGGCGCUUGGCGCUGGUACUCGUGUUGGCAUUCGCCUUUUGGGGAUGGCGGUCGCCCCGUGAGAAGCUGGUUGCAGGGGAGGGCAUGCCGCUGAUGGGACGGACAAACGUGCCGAACGCCCUUGAAAAGCCCAGCCACUUCAACAACUUGAGUGUUGAAGGGGAUGAGCAAAAGUUGCUGGCGGCCAUGGAUGUUCAAACGCCUUUUUUCUACAUGGCUGGCUUGGACCCACCAACCGACCAAUUGCUGCUGGAAGCUUCCACGAAGGAUCCCUACCAGCAUAGCCUGUUCAGGCUAAGCGAGUUGCUGAAGCUGCAAAUCUCCAUCGUAGGUUCCUUGGAGUUUGCCAACAUGGCAGUGCGCAAUGUGGAUGCUGAGCUGGCGGAAUCAACGCGAAGUGCCUACCAGCAGGCCCGAAACCUCUUCAAGCAAGCCGCAGAGGUGGUGGCCAGAUAUGCCGAAAUGGCACAGCAGGUGAGCAACACAGUGCUCCCCGAUUUGCAAUUGGCUGUGGACGAGCAGGAGCCGGCCUUGGCAGAGAGCAUGUUGGAAAUGCUGAAGAAUUGGGUGACUGACAUGAAGAAGGACAGCAAUGUGAUCCGAGCAAACUAUGGUGCACUGCAGAACACCAUUGGUUCCUUAGCGGAUCGGGCGCAGCAGAGCAAGCAGCAGGCCGAUGUGAAGUUGGCUCGAGCUGUGGCCAAUGCUCAGGCAAUGCUGGACCGUGAGAACGCCACCAAGAAGGGCAGCUGUUCCUACGCCCAACCCGAGCAGGAGCAGCAAUUUCAGGUCGCAACAAGGCCCACCGAAAAGGAGAUCACUGAAGUGUCCGAUGCCACGGAGGAGCCAAGCAGCUGGGUCAACUUAGAGGACAGCGUCUCCACCUGGCUCCCAAGCAGCAGCUCCGAAUUCAAUCGCUUCAAUAGCUCCGACAUGGCAUUGGUACCCUAUCACCAGCCAACUUAUGGUGAAGAUGCCAAGGCAGCUGCUGAACGGGCAGCGAGCAGCUCGAGGCAGCUCCUGAAGGCAUUGAAUGAGUUGAGGCGAGUGGAUUCGAUCCUGGAGGGCUGCUACGUCUUUUGGGCCAACAUGGACGGAACAGUGCAGAAGCUGGGGCAGUUGAAAGAACAUGCCGAGCGGCUGGUGGGAUUUGCAUCCAGCACUCCCAAACUCAAAGAACGGUUUGGACAAAGAAUGAAGGAGUACGGUGUUUUCUGGUCAGACCUGGAACAGUUGUGCAGCAAGUACAGUUCUGACCACCACGCCGCCUCCGCACAGAUGAGAGUAGUGGUGCGUGAAGUGUCAAUGGCAACAGACAUCCGCGACACCGAAAACAGUGCUUAUGCCGGGGUCCGUGCCGCCCAAGGAUCAGCAGGAGCAUUUGCUGGCCAUGAUGCGGAGAGCACAAGCGAUUUUCCCAGCGGGACGGUUUGAAAAAUACAAUACUGUAAAACAAAUUCUUGUUUCGCAUGAUGCCAGAACCGUCCAGCUAGCCAAUUCAGACCUAGAAUCUAAUGGUUCGAUUGGCCCUUUGGUUGGCAGAUUCUGGUGGCCAUUUUUGUAGAAGAGCCUUGCUGGUUUCCGCCUUCGUGGCCGACCAUCUUGUCCAGCAGGUUUCUUCUGCGUGGCGUUGUCAAGAAACGGGUGGGAUUUGAUGAGAUGUAAUUCUGUAUGACACAUUUGAUCGAGAAGCAACUGCUGAAUUCUUGGAGUUUCCAAUUGAAUGAUCAUGCUCAACACAGCAAAGUCUUGCUUACCUACUUACCUGAUUCC